AUGGGGAAAAGAAAGAAGGUGAACAACGAAGAAGAUAAUGGUGCUUGCUCCACGAAGUACUUCUUGUGGCCUGAGCAUCUCGAUAAGCCAUUUGCAGAUUGUAUCUUAGAGUGCUUCGAGAAGGGACUGAUAGUGGAUGGAAUUUGUAAGAAUGGUAUGUAUGGUCUGCUUGCGAGGAUGAUGGAAGCUAAGGUCUCGGGCUGUGGAGUGAAAGACAAGCCUCAUGUAGAGGGUCUGAACAAGAAACCAUUCAUGGUUUAUGAUGCUCUGACACCGGUCUUCUGCAAAGGUCGUGCAAGUGGGGAUCAUGGAGUUGACACCAAUAAUCCGAUCUGCUUAGAUGGAACAUCAGGAGAAGAUGAGGGAACUCCAAAUAUUGCAUUCGAAGAUGCAAAUGUAGGGGUGGAAAACGGGACGGGAUUGGGUACCCGUCCCGUUUGA